AUGGCCAGCAACAAGAAGUUCAACCCCGCCGUUUCCAGCUAUGCGCCUAAGCUGCACUCGCUGAAUGGCAUGACAAGCCAGGUGAGCCCAUCUACAUCUCUGUACUUGGAGGCGCGGAUCCUCAACCUGGAGGAAGAGCACGGAAGCCUCAGCCUUCAGAUCGAUCUCCUUCGGGAGAUGCAGGAAGACCUCGCCUCAUCGGUUGACGAGCUGAAGAAUGGCGGUUGGCCAGUGACAGUUGGUCCCUUCGCAGCACAAGACCCGAUCGAGUCCCACCAGAGCGCUCUGAAGUUCAAGCAGGAGCUCGAGCAGCUCAGCCGCGAGGUUCACAAAUCAAUCGACGGUGAUGCUGACGAGGAGAAGGCGAACGAGCCUGUCACCAAGUCGCCCAACAGCCGCCUCGUUACUGAUGGCCCUGUCGACACCACUUACAAGGCCACCAUCCCAGCGCCCAUGCCGAGCCCGCCUUCAUCGCCAGCAACGGUCAUGCAGCAAGACUUCUAUGUCGAUAAGCUGUCUCUGAACGCCUGGAAGCCACACUUCGUCAAGACGUUGUCGCCCAUCUCGAUUGAUGCCAAGAUACCUGGUGACAUGGCCACCUUCCAUCCGCAAUUCCUCGAGGAGCACCUUGGUGGCACUGAUUGGUCCCCUGGUCUGCGAUACAUCGUGGGCCAUGGCACCUGCAUCCUCAAGAACCGCACUUAUUACAUGCUGGACCCAACCACCGAGCCGUAUCUGCCCGACCAACCCGGUGAGCACGGCGCCAAGCUCACUGCAUUCUUCAACGUCACACCUGAAUCCGAACAUGGCGACUUGCCGGGCGGCGCAACGUCGUGGGAGAACGUUCCUAUGUUCGUCGAGCAGCCUGGCACCGGCCGAUACGUUUACUACGGCAACUACUCGCAGACCCGCUGGAGCGACAAGCUUGACGUCGAUACCAUGAUGGCUAGAGUACCCCAGCACGUCAAGGACUUCUGGGCCACAGAGCUCACCUCGACCAUCCGCCCGGCUUGGAUGACCCAGGAGCUGAAGAAGCACUUCUUCAAGAAGCCCGAUUACAUCGGCAAGAUCGUCGCCGCUCCCGAAGUCGAUACCACCACGAUCAACUCCGAUAUGGAAGUCAAGAUUGACGAGAAGAUGGCCAAAGACGUGCGCAAGUAUGUCGAGGAGCUGAGAGAGUGGGAGCGCGAGGCAAACAUGAAGACGGCGAUGAUCAAGAAGCAGUUCAUCCUGGACGCUUUCGAGGCUGCUGAUAUGGAUGACCCGCCUGCGCUGCGCCUUUGGUGGGAGUACCUCGAGUGCGUGGACUGGCGCAAGGACUUCUACGACUUGCUCGUCACGUUGCAGUCUCGCGAUAAGAGGUUCGCUGAGUAA